CCAUUUGUUUGGCACCAGCCCUCAAAUGGAGUGGUCCGCACAGAGUGUUCCAAAUAGGAAUACCCUGCACCAUGCCAUUGGAUAUGUUCUGGUUGUGGCCCAAUUUUUUGGCGUGCUACCCCUUUCCGGAGUGGAACCCUCUGUUCCGGUUGCAAGUGUUCGCUUUCGAUGGUUCUCCCCGUUGAAUCUGUUGCCAGUGGCCGCGCUUUGCUUUGUUCUUCUAGAUUUCGUGCUGUCGGCAAAGCUUGUGAUUCAAAAUGGGCUCAAACUGUACACCAUAGGAUCACUAAGUUUUAGUGUGAUUUGUAUUUUCUGCUUUGGAGCCUUUCUGCUGCUUGCACCACGCUGGCCGCACAUCAUCCGUCGAACAUUCGAAUGCGAGCGGAUUUUUCUGCAGUCCUGCUACGAUUCCUCCAUUGGCCGUCGCUUUAGCCAACGCCUGCGACGCUGGGCCAUUGCUCUGCUGGUGACUGCCCUGUGCGAGCAUCUCUCGUACGUGGUUAGCGCCGUGUGGAGUAACUGGAAGCAGAUACGCGAAUGCCAUCUAGACAUUGACUUCUGGCAGAACUACUUCCUGCGCGAGCGCCAGGAACUGUUCUCCAUUUUGCCCUACAGCACUUGGUUCGCGCUGUAUGUGGAGUGGUGCACCCUCUCUAUGACAUUUGUGUGGAACUUUGUGGACAUAUUUCUGAUUCUGGUCUGUCGUAGUAUGCAGAUGCGCUUCCAGCAAUUACACUGGCGCAUUCGUCAGCACAUUGGACUGCGCAUGAGCGACGAGUUUUGGCAAGAGGUGCGUUACGACCUCUUGGAUCUGAACGAUCUUCUAAAGCUGUAUGACAAGGAACUGUCUGGCUUGGUGCUCGUCGCCUGCGCCAACAAUAUGUACUUUAUUUGUGUUCAAAUCUAUCAUAGCUUUCAAGUCAAAGGAGCUGUCUUGGAUGAGGUGUACUUUUGGUUCUGUCUACUUUACGUUGUCAGUCGCAUUGUAAACAUGGUGCUUGCCGCCUCCUCCAUCCCCCAAGAGGCCAAGCAGAUCAACUUCACACUCGAUGAGGUUCCCACAAGCUGCUGGAGCAAAGAACUGGAGCGCCUGAGUGAGAUCUUCCACAACGAGGCCUUUGCACUUAGCGGAAAGGGUUACUUUGUGCUCACCCGAAGGCUGUUAUUUACGAUGGCCGCCACUUUGAUGGUCUACGAGCUGGUUCUGAUCAACCAAAUGGAGGGCGAAGAGGUCCAAAGGAGCAUCUGCAACCGUGGUGCUGGCUCCUCUAUGAGUAUUUUCUUCUCGUAAUUCCCUUUCAGCAGUUCCCG